AUGAAAGGUAUGGGACCUACCAUUAAGUGGUCUAACAAGCUCAAUCCCGAAGCGAGGAGGGACAGAACAAAGUGGUGCGAAUUCUACGGUGACCAUGGUCAUAACACCGCAGAUUGCAUCGCCCUACGGUUGGAAGUUGCAGCAUUGCUAGGAAGGGGACAUCUCCAAGAUCUAUUGAUGGAUAAAGGGAAGAAUACAAUUAGCCAGAGAAGCUCAAAGGAAAUAUCUCCACCUCCACGAGAACCUGCACCAAAUGGGUUUUGCUCAAUUAUCUUUGGAGGGUCGGAGAUAAAUGGGGUCAGCUAUUCCUCAACCAAGCGCUACGCCCGAGCUAACUAUCACUCUAAAGUCCAAUCUAUCCAUCUGCCCUCUUGGUUGCACACCAACCAGGUAAUUCAGUUUGAAGAUGACGAGCCAGUCACCUUGGUCGCCCCUCUUUACGAUGCUCUAGUCAUCUCCCUCUAG